CUAGUUGCUGUGUGUCUGCAGCCAUACAUGCCCGACACAUCUGCCAAGAUUCUGCAGAUAAUGAACCUUCCUGAUGCCACACAUUGGCGCCUGCCCAACGCGCUACCUCACGCUGUGCCUUCUGGCUGCAAAGUCACAAAACCUGAGCCUCUCAUCAAGAAGAUAACCGAUGAAGAACUGCAGCAGUGGCAGCUUCAAUUCAAGGGCACAGAUGACAGCGCGGCUAAAUGUCAAGUCAAGAAGAAUUCAGCCGUUGUUCUUCCAGCUAUAGUUAAUGUUGAUAUCGAAAGCCUCAAAAAGAUGAUUGAUGAACAGGGAGACAAAGUUCGAGCAUUAAAAGCCGGAGGAGCGUCCAAGGCAGACAUAUCAGCAGACGUUGCUACGCUGCUGCAGCUGAAGAACCAGCUUGCGCAAGCCCAGGGCGCCCCUGCCGUCCCUCCUGCUAAAGACAAGAAGCAGAAGAAGGCUCCUCCUGUAGCAGUAGUGGGAAGUGUGAACGGCCCUCCAGCUGCUUCAGCUCCGGCGUCAGCAGAUGCUGAGAGACUUCAAAUGCUUGUGGCUCAACAGGGCGAAGCAGUGCGCACUCUCAAGAGCAGCGGCGCCUCCAAGGACGCCGUUGCUGCCGAAGUCACCAAGCUACUACAGCUCAAGUCCGAGCUCGCGGUUGCCUUAGGUGUAGACGUGUCAUCCCUCUCAGCGCCUAGCAAAUCCAGCAAGAAAAAGAAGUAAUAUAUGUCUUGAAUCUUUAGUUCUCAUUCUUUUAAAUCCACUCAGAUACCUAUUUUAUUACCUAAUUGUCACUGAAAAACUACUCCAAUGUCAUGUUAAAUCAUCUGUUGGAAUAAGCGCUUCUUUACGGUCUAGUAAUGCUUGUAUUUGUUAUUUUAAUGUAUUCUAGGUACUGUUGCACCUGUCGUUUGGUAUAAAAAAUUUGCAAACAAUUGUGUGACUAUUAGUUUUGUUGGUGAGGUAAUUUUCCUAGAGUGAUUUGUUAUGCCGAAACAUUGUUGUCCGUAUUCAUAUCGAGUGUUUCUUAUUUAUUUUGUUACUCCCCAAAUACUUCAGAAGACUUGUAUCAUUGUAUGCGAUAGAAAAUUGCAAAACGUCAAUUUUUAUUUUAAAUAUUUACAUAUAACAUUUUCUCGGCAUUCA